CACACGUGCAAACUACAAAUAUCAGCGACACGACUCGAAGCUCGUCCGCAUUUCUCGAGCGUUAAAAGGAGAUUCUGCGCCUAAUUUAACGGCAAUGUAGCCGCAUCGCCGCUGCUGACCAAUGACAGGAGAGAACCGAGGCGCAGAAGGAGCCAGUCAGCGCGGCGGUUGGUGAGAGGUGCGGGCAGGCGGGUGACUGCUGGUUAGUUUGUGCUCCAGAUUAUUGUUAAGGUUGUAUGGACCAUCACUGCGGACCCCCGCCCGAUUAAAGCCCCCCGGGUUAAGUUAAUCAUCACGGGCCGCGGUCAUUUACGCAUUUUGCGUAAGUGCAUUAAAGGGGAAAAACCGCGAGUCGCUCCAGAAAUCGAGGCGGGGAGCGGAGAGAUGGAGCCGAGCAGGCCGGCUCGACACCGGACCAGUAAACCCAGCACACCGGCGCUGAAGUGAUCGAUCAGCCCUGCUGGCGUUGACGGGGACCUGGACGUCCAGCUGAGGAGAGCCGUCAUCUCCACUACGCAUCUGCAAUGGCUGCAAUACACAGUAUAAACCAGGGGGGCAAUUAAGACGCACUACAUCCCCAGCUGUUUGCACUGGCCUGCUGUACUUGUGGGGUACAAUGGCCAACACUGUGGCCACCCUGGUAGUCCAAACAGAACUUCUUCCCACACAACCCCCCUCCUCCCUCUCCCCAUUUCCAUCCCUCCUCACCCCAGUAGAAGAGGCGGAUGACAAUGGAGAGAAGGGUGGGGAAGAGGAGAAGGAGACGGAAACGGUCGUGCUCACAGGCGUCGAGAUGGUGACGUCGUCGACGUCAACGGGGUCCCAGAAUCCUGAGCACCCUUACCAGUGUCUGGACUGUGGGAAGAGCUUUAAGUGGUCUUCAAGGCUGGCACAUCAUCAGCGUAGCCAUAAUAACGAGAGGCCGUACCGCUGUAACCUCUGCCCCAAGGCCUUCAAGGGUUCGUCUGCCCUGCUGUACCACCAGAGGUCCCACUCAGGAGAGAAGCCCUAUAAGUGUGAAGACUGCGGCAAAGCGUUCAAGCGGUCUUCUCUCCUACAGGUCCACCGAAGUGUGCAUACAGGUUUGCGCACCUUCCAGUGCCCAUACUGCCCCCUGACCUUCAAGUGGAGCUCGCACUACCAGUACCACCUGCGCCAGCACACGGGGGAGUGCCCGUAUCCGUGUGACAGGUGCCCCAAGGCCUUCAAGAACUCGAGCAGUCUGCGCAGGCACAAGAACGUGCACCUUGGUGUCAAGCCGUACGUCUGCGUGGUGUGCAGCAAAGCCUUCAGCCAGUCAACCAACCUGCGGCAGCACAUGCGCAUACACACGGGAGAGCGGCCGUACAUCUGCAGCGAAUGCGGCCGCAGCUUCACCCAUUCCUCCAACCUGGCACUUCACCGCAACUCUCACGUGGAGGGCAAGGCCAAGGGGGGGGCCAAAGCGGGGAAGGUGGGGCCGAGGGCAGAGGUGGAGGCGGUGCUCGAGGGCGCCACUUCAGACGAUUUGAGGGCGGUUGGCAUGACUAUCUCGGACAUGGUGGGCCUUGUGGGCGGCCAGGAAGGUGAAGUCGGGCAGGUUUUCCUUUCGCACCACAUUCCCUCGUCGUCCACGCCUUCAUCGUCCGAAAACGGUCAGAAUGUGCUAACGACGGUCUCGAGCACUGACCACAUGCAAGUUAGCAUGGAAGACGCGGUGGAAACGGGCGCUAACGUCCUGCUUUACAGCUGUGGCAGCUGCAAUGAAACAUUUGGAACCCAGACGCACCUGGAAGAGCAUCAGGCGCUCCAUUUGGACAGCCUGGGGGCGGGACAUGAGGGCGGAGUCACCGCGGGGGACGGCAUAGAGGAAGCUCAGGGGUGCGGAGUUUCUCUGAUUGGGACGGCACCCUUGUUGGCAGACUUCGAGGAGGUGGUGGAGACCACGGCAGUGUCUGAAAGUGCACAAGGGGCAGAGCUUCUUGGUUUGGGUGCGAUUGGAGGCGGGGCUGGACAGGUUCAGUAUGAUCUGCUCCAGAGCUUCACCGGCUCCGUGUCGGCCGAUGCCACCAUGCCUGCGGUGGACGCGACUACGCGAGCGGCUGCUUUGUCGGAAUGUGCCUGCUGUGGAAAGAGAUUCAAAAACAGCAACUCGCUGAGCAGACACAUGGCGCAGGUGCACCCUCUGUCCCAGCCGUCGCGCUCCCAGUUCAGCUGCUCAGCAUGCGAUCGCUCGUUCCCCCUGCUCUCCUCCCUGCUCAACCACCAGCUCUCCCACACCGAGGAGCAGAGGCUGCUGGCUGAGGCCGAGGCCGAAAUCGUCUGUCCUCCCUCGCUCUCUCUCUCCCUGCCCCUGCCUUCCUCACCCUCUGCCAAGAGAGAGGGGGACGAGGGUGAAGGAGAGAGGGAGAUCCAUGUCAGCCUCAUCACCGUCACAGAGGAGGGAGAGAGGCAGGCGGGGGGGAAACCGUCCACCAGGGCAUCGGGGAAGGCAGGGAGAAAAGGAGGAGGGGGCAAGAGCUCGACUGCGAAUAACGAGAGGCCGUACCGUUGCUCAGAAUGCGGGAAGUCAUUUAAGGGUUCAUCUGGACUGCGCUACCACAUGAGAGACCACACGGGCGAGAGGCCGUACCGCUGCACAGAGUGUGGAAAAAGCUUCAAGAGAUCCUCACUGCUGUCCAUACAUCAACGGGUGCACACAGGAGUGCGGGCCUUCAAGUGUCCAUAUUGCCCUCUAACCUUCAAGUGGAGCUCGCAUUACCAGUACCACCUGCGGCAGCACACGGGAGAGCGCCCCUACGUGUGCCAGGAAUGUGGCAAGUCGUUCAAAAACACCAGCUGCCUGCGGAGACACAGCCAGCUGCACUCGGGCUUGCGUCCCCACGCCUGCUCUGUGUGUGGCAAGACCUUCUCCCAAACCUCAAAUCUGAAGCAACAUGAGCGCACGCACUCCGGAGAGAGACCUUUUCAGUGUGCGCAGUGCCACAAGAGCUUCACGCACUCCUCCAACCUGCAGCUGCACUUGCGCACACACUCCUCUCGCAAGGACUACAAGUGCCAGCACUGCGGGAAGGAGUUCGUCAUGCACUCUUACUUGCAAAGGCACCUCCGGACCCACAUCAGCGGGGGAGGGGCCACAUGUGUAAAAGAAGCAGGGAAGAUCAUAGGGAAGGGUGGAGCUUCUGAAACCACGACAACCACGUUGAGUUUGAACAUGAACGCGGCGGGUGGGCUAAGCUCGCUGUUUUCCACAGACGGGAAUUCCACGCUAAUCCUCUCUCCACCAAACCUGGACAUUCCUCCAAACACCUCGCAGAAUUAUUUCAUGAUCCAAACACCAAUGGGCCUGCAGCUGAUCCCGCUGUCCAAUCCGGUGCCAACGCAGCCAGCCCCGCCCCCUCCUCCACCUCCUCCUCCUCCUCCACCAGUACAGCCACCAUCCCAGAACUUCUUGCUUCUUCAGUGCCAGUCUACCAAUGGAAACCAGCCCAGUCUCAUCCUCGUUCCCACAGCAACCAAUGCAAAUACCCUUCCUGCUCCCUCAGCGCCUCAGUCCCUCCCAUUGGUACAGACCAUACCAGCGCUGCCGCAGGUCCUGGCGCCACCUCAAAAUCAAAUCUCACAAUUCCAACCACUCCAAACCCAGCAGAGGUUCAUUCUCACAAAUAAUAACACUCCCCUCAUUACUGCCCCACCCCAAAACACAACAGCCAUUAGCAGACCCAUUUUAGGAACGCUCGGCCGUACCAGGAACACUAGAACCAGACGUGGACGCAAACCCAAAGCCAAAGCCCAGGCAUCUGGUUCCCUGGUACAGACAACACCUGCACCAGCGACUCAGGCAUCAGCCCCAUCCACCACUUCUACUACAACUGCAACUGCUGCUGUUACUUCUCCAGCAAAUCUGUCCCAGCAAUUUAACGUUCAGGUUCCAACAUCCAUGCCACCUCAGAAUUUAAAUCCAGUGCCUGACACGCCUUCUGUCUCAGCCACAGUCACUGGUACACCAGUGGCCCCAACAGAAAGUGCCCCUACUAAUAGCCCCUGUGAAUUGGCAGGUGACCCCCGGAGUGCGCCUGCUGCAGAGAAGCUUCCAGAGACGCUCGCUGGGGAGCACUUUGUUCUAUGUUUUGAGAAGGAGACGGGAGCAAGAGAGCAGGGGGAAGGGAUGGAGGUGAAGGUGGAGAUGGAAGGAGGGGUUGAGGGAGGGUCUUACGUGUUACAGUUUGAAGGAGAAGGGGAACAAGAGGAGGGAGGGAGCGGAGAGGGAAGGGAAAAGUCGUAUGUUCUUCGGUUUCAGGCGGAGGGAGACAGCGAGGGAGAUGGGGCGAAAGAGAAGGCUGGGAUGGUUUCUCUUAACCUGCUUCAAGAAUGGGGUGGAGAGAGGGAAUGCGAAAGGAUGGGAGGGCUUGAGGGAGGGGUGGAGGAGAAAUCUUUUGUCCUUCACUUCCAAACAGAGCCUCAGUGUGAUGAUGUCCAGCCAAGCUCCAGCUACAGUGAAGGCCAGAAUGAAGACCUCGGCCUUUCUUGCCAUCCUGCCCAAGCCUUGAUGCCUCUCGGAGGGCAGGAGGUUGUGUUCGAGUUGGCCAACGAGGCUAAGAUAGAUGGGGGGACAGGCAGUGGACAAAGCGUCCAAAUGAUUGCACUGAUAGAAGGUGAAGGGAGCGGUUCAGAGGCCGGGGACAGUUUUACUGACCCUGGAGGAGUCGUAGGGACAGGAGCGGGACAAAUGGAGGGCAUCUUUCAGUUAGAGGGUGGAGAAGGUAUCGUUAUUAUUGAAGUCAGUACCAGCAGUCUGAGAGAAGGAGCAGAGGGAGGGGUUUCUUUAGGAUUAAGGAAUGUGGAAAAAGAAGUUACCACAGCGCAGGGAGUGACGCCCGAGGAGCAGAAGGUUCUGGAAACUGAGAGCAGACUGUCAUCAGCUGGAGUGCAUGGGGCUGAGGGCUGA